AUGAUAAAACUUCGCCUUCUGCUUUUGAUGAGCCUUGUGCUUUGCCCACAGAAGAACUCAUUGCACAUUUUAGCCAUAGGAAGAGAAACAAGAUUGAUUCAUUCUCUAAUGGAAUAUGCACAGCAGUUUUCUCCUCGGACCUUCCAGGCAUCCACAACUGUUCCACUUACUGGAAAAGUGGUAUUUGACAAGCAUACAUGGGCACCAUAUUUUUUACAUUGUGGUUCACUUCUUCUGUCAAGUGGAGGAGUGUGUUUUGUUGGGGAUCUGUGUAACUGGAAGAAAACACGAAAAGACCAACUGCAAGCAAUACUAACAAGUAAUAAAAUCAUUUUUGACUUUGCAACUAAAGUAUCAGCUGGACUUUCUCAACAACUCUGUUUUACAUUGGAGUGUCAGGUGUGGGGCUUGUAUGACCCUACAAACAAGAGUGUCAAGACUUCAAGUAGUAAGGAUCAUAUUUUGGGUGGCUCUGACACAGGGGAUUUGACCAAAAGUUUUACAGAUGCAUUUAGCUAUGCAUGUUUCCUGGACUCUGGUGAUUCUACAACAGAACAAGAGAUUUUUACACAAGUGACUUGUCAUAUUCUUUCUUCUUGGUGCAAACAAGAAAAUGAUGCAGAUGCAUCUCUCAGUGUUAGCAAGGAGGAUUUUGAACAUUUUUUAGCAAUCUCCAGACAAGUGGAAGUCAGGAUGUCAUCUGAAGCUGAAAGUCUCAUACAGAGUUACUACACCGCCAGCAGAACAGCCAGAAGUUCAGGACUCUGUGGCUCUGAUGUUCCUCCUUCAGCUCUUUUCACCUUGACUUCCCUUUCUGUUGGCUUUGCAAAGUUGAAACUCCAGCCUUUUGUUUCCAAGUGUGAUGCUCUAAUGGCAGUUUUCUUAUAUGAGGAGAGCCUAGCUGCUAGAUUUGGAGUAUCAAUGCUUAACAUCUACCCACAACCACAUGUCCCUAACAGCAGCAUUGACGACUUUCUUGGCAUAGAGAAUGACACAGUUAUGCAACAUUUUCAUGAACAGCUGCUGAGAUUUUGCUCCUGCUUCACGGACAACUAUUCCCUACACAGAGAAGAGUGA